UUUUUUUUUUUUUUAUGAAAAAGUGGCGACAUUAGUAGCGACUCGGUCCACUUUGGGGAGGGGGGGCAGUGGUCUUAGCUGACUGAGGGGGGUCAACGUUUUAAGGGUCGUCGAAGUGAAGGGAAGCUUGGGAGGAAAUGAGAAACGCACUCGGUGACAUACGUGGCUCCACGCUUUGCUCCUCUACAAGGAUGGUGGCAGCGCUGCUAUUUAUUUUGCUUUGUAUGCAGUCAGCACACAGCCAGACGUGCACAACUGGCUUCCGAUAUGACCGCAGGUCAAGACAGUGCAUGGAUGUGGAUGAGUGUCGGAGUCUUCCGGACCCCUGCAGGGGGGACAUGAAUUGCAUCAACCAGAACGGGGGUUACCUGUGCCUGCCCCACGGCCUCUACAGCCAGCCCUUUGGGCCCGACACCCCGCGGCAGCAACCUGACCCAGUGUACCCGGGGCGUGGGGGCGGGGCUGCGGGCGCCGCGGGUGCCGCCGGCACCGGGACAACCGGCGGCCAGCCGGACAGCUACGUGCCGGCGCCCCCGAGGCAGGCCGAACCCAGCUACCCUCAGCUGGGCUUCCCGGUGCCGUGCAUCCUGGGCUACACGCUGGCGGAUGACGGAACCUGCAAUGACAUUGACGAAUGCGAGAGCAACUCCCACCACUGCAACCCCACCCAGGUGUGCAUCAACACAGCGGGGGGCUACACUUGCUCCUGCACUGAAGGCUUCUGGCUCAUUGGGGGCCAGUGUCAGGAUAUUGACGAAUGUCGCUACGGUUACUGCCAGCAACUGUGUGCCAAUGUGCCAGGCUCGUAUUCUUGCUCGUGUAACCCGGGCUUCGUCCUCAACCCGGACAACCGCAGCUGCCAAGAUGUGGACGAGUGUGCGGAUGAGCCAUGCAGUCACGGCUGCUUCAACAACCACGGCUCUUUUAUGUGCAAUUGCGAUGAAGGCUUUGAGCUAGCGGCCGACGGAACUUCCUGCAAUGACGUGGACGAGUGCAGCUUCUCCGAGUUCCUGUGCCAGCAUCGGUGCUUGAACACGGCGGGCUCCUUCAACUGCAUCUGCCCGCCCGGCUACUACGUCUACGAGGACGGCCGGAGCUGCGAAGAUAUCAAUGAAUGUGAGAGUGGUAACAACACCUGUACAACAGAACGAGUCUGUUUCAAUUUCCAGGGAGGCCACACAUGCCUGGCUCCUUUACAGUGUCAGCUUCCUUACGUUGAAGUGGGCGACAAUCAGUGCAUGUGCACGGCGGGCAACCCUGCGUGCAGGGACCAGCCUUUCACCAUCCUGUACCGACACAUGGACCUGUCGUCCGGACGUAGCGUGCCUGCCGACAUUUUCCAGAUGCAGGCUACCACGCGCUACCCGGGCGCCUUCUACAUCUUCCAGAUCAAGUCGGGAAAUGAGGGACAAGAGUUCUACAUGAGGCAAACCAGCAACAUGAGCGCCACGCUGGUGCUGUCGCGGCCCAUCAAGGGCCCGCGAGAGGUGGUCCUGGACCUGGAGAUGGUGACGGUCAACAACGUCAUCAACUUCCGCGGCAGCUCCAUCAUCCGGCUGACCGUCUUUGUGUCGGAGCACCCCUUCUGACGCGCCGUCACGGUCGGGAAGCACUGACGGAACGCGCCCCGCCCCGCCUUAAUGGGCUCUUAAGGCGGCAAGAUGGACGCUCUAGCGGGAUGCGUCCGGUGUACAAUUUCUGCCAUCCUCUUCUUCGAAGCACCGCAAACGUUGUAUUCUCAGCACUGCGUCUUUUUCACUUCAGAUCAGCUGUGAACAAGACCUUUAUUGUGUAUCAUCAAAUAUGAAUUAUUGAUUACAAUAAACGUCCGUAUGAGCCGGCCACUGAAACCAC